AUGAGAAGACUCGCCUGGAACUGUAAGGGGUUAGGGCAAACCUCUACAGUUCGUGAACUGAAGUCCCUGAUCAAAGCGCGCUCUCCGGACUUUGUUUUUCUGACCGAGCUUAAAGUGGAUGCGACUUCUCUGGUACGUAUACUUAGAUCCCUCCACUUUUAUUUUAACAUCAAUGUACCAUCUAUUGGUAUUGCUGGAGGUAUUAUUUUGGCUUGGAAAGUUGGCUUUAGUUUUGAAUGUAUUUCUUGUUCUCGAAAUCAUAUUUCUGGAAUUGUUUAUUCGGAUCCCCCUUCCAAUCCGUGGCUUCUCUCUUGUGUUUAUGGCCCCCCUUACCUCAACGCUAAGAAAAAGUUUUGGGCGGAGUUAAUGGCCCUUGGAGAUAGGUUUGGGGGUCCUUGGCUAAUUAUAGGAGAUACCAAUUUUGUUCUCAGCAACUCAGAAAGAGAAGGUUCUUCAGGAAGGGACCCUUUUAUCCCUUUCAUCUCUAAUCUUGUUGAUUCCAGAGGAUUAAUCAAUCUGUGUAUACAAGGCGACAAGAUGACUUGGGAUAACCACAGGUCAGGGGGCAGUCAUGUGAAAUCUACUCUUGAUAAAGGGAUUGUUAAUGGAACGUGGAUCCAAAUAUUCCCUAAAGCUGUUAUUUGCUCUUCCCAGACGAGCAACUCCGACCAUAGACCUCUCUUCCUGGAUACUAGUGGUCCUCCCCCUAGCUUCAAGAGAUUUUUCAAGUUUGAGGAAGGAUGGACGAGGGAUGAUAGAAGCAAAUUUGUAGUUACCAAUGCUUGGCGCUCGGUAGCUCAUUCUUGGGCUCCAGCCUGA